AUGGAUUUCUCUCUACGCACUGAAGAUCAUAAAGACCGACUACAACCAUCUGCUUCAGCUUUCGAGCUCGCAAUAAAACAUGCGCGGAAAUACUGGUUCACGUUGGCGGAUGAUGCCAUUACACGUUUAGAGAGUAGUAUAAUUUGCAAAGUUCCUGCCUUGCCAAUCAGCCGACUUGUGCUGAACGAGGUAAUUAUCUCUGAAUCCGGCUCAAAGGCAAUUUUCACCAUGGCAUCGUCUACUUUUCGCCCCACCAAGACGGAACAUGACAGCACUGAUUCGACAACUAGGAAUGCCAAAUCAGCUUUCUUUGGAAAACUCGGCCUAUAUGAGAAAGAGGACCGAGAAGUUUCAAACCUUACCGGCAUUGUUUCACUUGCAUGGGCCUAUAUUUUAUCAAGUUGUCUGGUUGAGCUGCAGAAUCAAAAUGGUGCAAAGAUCUCUUACACCAAAUCCACUGCGAAUGGGCAGCAUCAUGACGGGCAUCACAGGACAAAAGAUGGCACUGGCAUUCAGGUCGAUAUUGGCGAGGUCGAUAUGAGCACUGCCCGACGGUGGGCAGCUAUUUUAGCUCCGGAGCGUGGGUGGAAAGCAGCUGUCAACGAGCAAUCAGGUGAAGUUUACUUUUCACCUUGGUCAGUCUCUCUAGAUAAUGCCCCUGAGUUCAGUAUUGUUUGGCAAGAUAUUGGCUUCCAUCACUCGGUAUCUGUUACAGAUCCACCAUCUUCAAAGACUGCCUUGAAAGCUCUAGCUGAGUUUUGCGCGUUUCAUGGCCUAAUGGAUCAAUUCUAUGCAUCUCUUUCUGCAGCUUUAAUGUUCCCCGCCCACCAUGAUUGCAAGACGACUAUUAAACUGCCAUUACCGAUGAUUACUCAAAACCGGGUGCCCCAAGCUUUAAAGACGGACCUGAUGGACGAAUUUCUCUCUCUCAGUAAUGAGAUGGGCUGUUUUAUUACCUUGAGUUGCAAUCACAGGGUUAUAAUGUCCAGUCUUUGUGGGUCAUUUUGGGAGUCUGAUGCUUCAUGUAAUCUUGUCAGUCCAUGGCUACAUCCGGUUUUAGAAGAAAUACCCAAGGCUGCCUGGACAUCUGACAACCCAGGUCGAUAUCAUGAGAUCGUUGCCCUUAUGUCUGAUCAGCGCCGCCCGAGUCUUGCCAUUCUUUGGAUUGGAGCUGCCUUGAGCGGACUUGUGCCAGAAGUCCUUCAAUAUACUGCGAGUGGGAUUCCUCCUCUUGACCCCAGCGGCUUUUCGUGGACACAUGCGCCCCAAUCAUUCAUGGAUCUUCCGGGAUCAGGGCCAUAUUUCUAUACAGUUGCAUCGGGAAAUAAAGCAAUCAAACGAGUCAAUGUUUGGAGACUCUUGUAUCAUCCAACCUCAGAACAUGAUGAUCUUCACUACAACAACCUGCCAUUUUCUCCAUGGCCCCCGGUGGGAGAAACGAGCGAAAAUAGCUGUGCGUUGAGAGUCCGCGCUCAUAUUGCAUGUCCGCGGCACCGCCUAGUCUACUCUCAUUGGACCUGGCAAUUACAAGAUGGUUAUUUCUUGCCGAUAUAUUCACCUGAUGUCCCUUGCAGCCAACAGGCAACUCGUGCCUUGCUGCCGCGGCAAAAUCCCAUCUUGGAUUAUCCCAGCUCUUUGACAUACCUAUCACAAGAUGCCUCGCGUGAGGCUUCAUUCGAAAUCUUUCGCUGGGAGUUGGCAAAUCACGAAGGAAAGCCUCCUAACGAGUCAGUAUACGAUGACGAGUGGAUUGCGGGCUGCGACGACAGUGAAGAAUAUUGUUCGCCAAUCCAGGGUGAUUCCAGCAGUCAAAAGGGUUAUUCUGACAAGGAAGAAUCAGCUCAACGGGGUCGAAACAGCGAUAGGAAUUUCAAUCCAAGCUCAACUUCCCAGGAUAGUCACAUUAUGGAGUGGAUGGCAAAUAAUAGCUGA